UUGAAUACCCCUACAAGGGGGAACCAUUGGACCCAUCUCACAAGCCAGAAGUACAUUUUGGGACAACGCAAGACCCUAGAACUUAUUAUCCUAGACAAAAGAGGUCUAUAUUUGUAGACGAAGUUAUCAAAGACGAUGAGGAGGAAGCCAUUAAAAAAAUUAAAAUGACAGAUAAUCGUAAUAGACGCAUACGCUGGUGGAAUAUCAUGCGGGCUAUUGAAUAUCUCAGAAAUAGUCCCAUAUGGCAGUUAAAUGGAGACACUAAUUAUGAUGACGAUACACCAGUAACAGCUUCAGUAAAGUAUCUCAAAAAUGCUGAGGCACGUGGAGUCCCAUAUAAACAAGCAUUAUUAGAUUGGCGGGCUAUGGAACGUACGUAUCGUCAGCGAAUAGCUGAAUCCCUUUACACUGCCUUUCCCGGCCAAAAUCAUCCAGAUAUAAUUAUGAGAGAUUUUGAUCAAACAUACGAUGGUAUAGAAUAUGACUUUGAUCCUAUGCACCCUGAAGGUACAGCUGAUGACCCGAUAGCCUACCGGGCUCUUACACUGCCAAAUGGUUACCAAAUAGAACCCCGACUAUCCCGCCGUACUAUGUUUGAACAAAAACAGUCAAGUGAUUCCCAAGAAUCAACCACGGCGUUUCGUCCCAUUCAAGUUGUAAAUAUGGAUGACCGUACAGACCAAGAAAAUACCCAAAGUUUAAAUCAACGGAGGAGACGCAGCUCUAUACAGCAAAAUCAACAACAGCAUGAAACUACAUCAUUUACAUGGCGUUGUGAAAUGGCUGUUGACAAUGACGUUAAGCAACUUCCACAGUUUGAAAACGGGGCCAAGUUCCUUACUUAUGGUGGUCGUGUAGUUGAAAACAAUGAAAUGACUGGAAAUGAUCAACAAAACGAACAAGACUCAAAAAUGACUUACGGGUGCUUGUGGUUAGUGCCUAGAGGGCCAAACAUUUUAGAAUUUUCCAUGAUAGGAACAGGGAUUCCGGCAAAAAAUCAAAGUUUGCAAAAUUUCGCACGGCAAUUGUGCAACGAAAACCAUGCUCAGGGCACUGGUGCCCGAAAUGAUAAAAAGCUUCGCCUACGCCGGCCUUCGUGGGUAACCGAAACACGAACUGAUCAUAAGAAACGUGUGCCAGUCAGGUGUCCCGUGCCCCCAGGUAUAGUGUUUUACGGCGUGGUCCCAGCUCCACCACCACCUCCUACGGUAUCUACAAACAAAGAUCAGAUUACACCAUUGCGACUUUGUGCCAAGUUGGUAUCUUCUGCAGACGACUGUACGGCCGGACAAAUGGGACCAGCUGACCAGAUGAAAUAUACUGUGUCCGAAUGCGUUGAGCAAGACUCCUCAACUGGCACUUCUCAAACAGAGGUUGCACAACAAACAAUUUUUGAAGAAAGAGAAUACCAGUGUAUCGGCCAAUGGACUGAACCACAGGAACACUUCAGCCCGGUGGCUGGUGAAAAACCAGUUAUGUUGACGUAUACAUAUUUAAAGCGCUUAAGUCCUGUCUCCAAAGAAGGGGCCCAGUAUGAAUGUUUCGUUGGAACGCCAAUACCCAAUGAUGAAGGACUCGAUCCUGAAACAACUACCACAAUAUUGUUAACAGAAGCAGGAACAAAUACUAAGUGCAGUCGCUUUCAGGACCCAUACCGCUCCGGCAUGAAGUUAGUCGGAACCAAAAUUAAGAAAGAAGGUGCAUGUAAAGGAUCUGCACAACCAGUACAAGACACUACUGGUGGUUCAUGGUACUCCCUUAAACCACAGUCAAUUUCUCCAUCUAUUCCCGGUGCUGAAAACGGAAGAGGAGCAUGGUACGCUGCGCCGCCUGUCCCCGUGAUCGCCGCACAAGGUCCAACCACUAUGCCGCCUAUCCUCACAGGCAGGCACACCGGUGGUAAUGGCGCUACAUUUACAGCACGUCACAACGAACAAAAUCGUCGCCCACAGUCAGCCAAUUUACCCCCUAAAACCAACCAUAGCUUCCGCACCAUAGCCGACAAGAGAAUCGUCAUACUAGCGGUUAUUCUAUUUACAGCACAUCGCUUUUUCAAUUAAAUUAUUCGAUCAAACGUAAACAUAAAGUUUGUACAAUAGUUUAUAGUAAUAACAGUAAAAUAUCAAACCUCAAAUCUCAAAUUAAUGCAUAAUCUAGGUCCGACUCAAGGGAUAGGUGAAAUUAAUUCAGUUCAUUAAUAUAAUAUACUCACAAGCGAUGAAAUACUUCUUUGAAAAUCUAUUAAGUUGGCCGCCCGGUACUCAUUUAGUUUUGAAUAGAGUAUAUAAAUCUCUAAAGUGCAGACUUAUAAUAUAAAAAACAUAUAACAUUUUUUUAUACAUUUUCAUAAUACACUUCAUUAAUACCUAUCGUAAUAUUCCGUAUUUAUCAUUGAGAAAGCGUACAAUGAUGGUAAAUAGUAAUUAUAAUUAGGUGCCGCUUAAGUAGGUAGGUUUAACUUGGUGUAUAACACUGUGGACCAAUAAUAUCCAUUUCACAUUAUACAUAUAGGUUUAUGUAAACAAUCUAUAUUAAUUAAGUAUGAAUUUUUUUUAAUUUUUUUACUUAAAAGAUCUUCAAAAUAUUUUUCUUACGUUUUUAAAAUCAUAUUUUCAAUAUUUCUAAUGUUAGUCAUAUUACAAUAAUUUCUGGGUUUAGUUUUUUCACGAAUUGUCUGCUUAUAAGAUUAAGUUAUACUAUAAAAUUAUUUUUAAUUUAAAUAUAAACUUAUGGGUGACAAUAGA